CACAGUCAAAGUAAUCGUAACCACUCCGCAGAAGAAGCGUCCGCAAGCAGAAGCUGUCAUGGUGGCCUCCUGAACACAUCAAGGAAUGUUUGCCCUUUCUCUUAGUCGCCUGUUAUUACAGGCUUUUCCCAAGCAACCGGUCGCACCUAGGGCUACAGCACAAUGCAUCAGAAGUCUGACAACAGCUCAGCAAGAACCUCUAAAGAAAGAUGAUACGCCUAUGAAAAUGGAAAACCCAUACAAGCCCCCUCCGAAAACUUGCGUCCUGUGCAAUGUUACCAUAGACUUCAAAAACAUUCAGCUGUUAUCCCAGUUUAUUUCGCCACACACCGGCAGAAUAUACGGCAGACACGUAACAGGCUUGUGUGGUCGAAAACAGAAAGCGAUAACGAAGGCAAUAAAGAAAGCUCGUUCAAUGGGUUUUAUGUCAGUCACCCUGAAGGAUCCACAGUUUAUUAAAGACCCCGAUAUUUGUCGUGUCAAGCAUUUUGAAUAGGUUCUGUAUGAAGACCGCCACUUC